AUGCUUGCAUCGACACCGUAUCUGGAACAGCUUUUACAAUCAGCCAGAGAGGAGCAAGGGGAAUCCUGUGAAGACAUCUUGAAAAGUUGGGACAGUGAUAUGUCUACUUUACUUCUGCUGUUGCACAUCCUGUCACCUCAACCAGCUGGGAGAAAGAGGACUACUAAGAUCAGUGCACGUCAAGCCGUGGAUCACCUCAUUCUUCGAGACUUCAGCCUUCUCUUUGGACCUGAAACGUCUGCUAGACUUCUAGAAAGGUGGCCAUCAUACAAACCGAAGUUGAUAAAGGAGGCAUCAAUGCUUGCAUCGACACCGUAUCUGGAACAGCUUUUACAAUCAGCCAGAGAUGAGCAAGGGGAAUCCUGUGAAGACAUCUUGAAAAGUUGGGACAGUGAUAUGUCUACUUUACUUCUGCUGUUGCACAUCCUGUCACCUCAACCAGCUGGGAGAAAGAGGACUACUAAGAUCAGUGCACGUCAAGCCGUGGAUCACCUCGUAGAUUUUCAUAAGUCAUGCCGGAGUCUUGAAGAGCACUUGGAUGCAGAUGAACGUCGGCAGCCGUAUCUUCUUGCAUCAGGAACCAGCAGACGAGCUAUCAGCAACUACUACAUCGUCAUGGAUAAAAAGCUCAUCUUGUGCCAGGGAACCACAUCACUUGCAGCGUUUGAUGAGCUUUUCAAGGUCCACUUCGUUUUCAGUUUAAAUUAUGAUGAAGCACUUUGCAGCAUGUAUACCUUCAUCCAGACCGCUGUCUUUGGUAUUGAUGUGGGAAUCACCAAAGCAACACCGAAAGUUAAGGAUUUGCGAGCCAAGUUGCUGAAUGAUGUAUAG